AUGCAUGCAGCGCCCAUCGCCAUCGCCUCGCCAAUGGCCGAGAGAGGGGACCAGGUGAUCACGGGCGAGGAGGAGAGGUGCGCAUCAUCUGGUGCAUGCAUGCAAUGGCUGGCCCGCGCUGCGGAGCAAAGCCUGGGCGAAGUGGAGUUUGGCCUCUUCUCGCGGCUCCACCGCCCGCGCUCCGCCCGAGGGAUCCAGCCUUUGCUCCUCCCGGAAUCCCGCCGCCUCCCCGCAAAGCUCUCGCUCCCGUCGCCAGAGCCGCGUGCGCGGCGGCGCCGACGCGAGGCGGGGGUGAGGAGCCGGGCCAGGCGCCCCGCAACUGGAGCGCGCUUGGGGGCGACCGGCGCUGGGCGGGUUCCUGGGCUCCGCGCCUCCGCCGCCCUGCUCGGCUGCCGCGGCGGCCGAGGACUCCAUCAAGGCGUCCGGGUUCGGGCUGCGGGUGGCGGCAUCGCUGCGGAGCCUCGGCUGGCCCGAUGUCGCCGUCGUAUUCAGGCUUGCCACGUUGUCGGUGCUCGAGCUGCGGGGAGCUAUUCCGUCUGGCUACUGGAUGCAACUCCAUCCCGUCCGACUCACCGGCCUAGCAGUUUUGGGGAACAUGGUGCCUGUCAUCAUCCUCUACCUGAAGAAACUCGCAACUUUCCUCUCGCAAAGAAGCGCUUGGGCGGCCUGGAUGAUGGACCUCCUCUUCGAGUGGGAGUGACGGGAGGCUGCACCCGCCAAGGAGUUCCAGACUUCCAGUGGCUCGGGCUGAUGCUGUUUGUCGACGUCCCAUUCCCAGGCACCGGAGCAUGGACUGGCGCCAUCAUCGCGUCUGUCCUUGGCAUGCCGUUCUGGUCAGGCUUGUUGGCGAACUUGGUGGGAGUCGUCCUCGCAGGGUUGCUUGUAAACUUGCUCAUGAACCUGGGUCUGAAAUACGCCAUUGGCACCGGGGCGCUUCUCUUCAUUGUAUCAACUGUCAUGUGGGGAGUGGGGUGCCCUUUUGGGGUAUCAAGAAUUUGCUGAAUACAAAAUGAUGCUUUGGCCGUAUCCACACCGAAGUGUUUUGGGUGCGUUUUGUAUGUCGGCGAGAGGAGUUUAUAAUAACCCUCGCCAGGCGUGUUUGAUUAGUUGCAAAGACCAUUUCUGCUA